AUAUGCCCCGGAAGUUUAACUGUGGCAAGAUGGCGUCCAGCAGACAUAGUAGUGUUUGAUGGAGAGCAAGCUGUUUUUGACGGAGUUUGUGUGGAGAAACAGGUUUAAAAAUGUCUAAAGUGCAAAUGCUGAGAGCGUUUGUAAACCAGCGACUAACUGCGGCUGCUGAAGAGAUUUUUGGGCUGUUUGAAAGAACGAUAGCAGAGUACGAGGAGGAGCUUUGUCGUUCAAAAGAGGAGAACGAGCGAGAACGGAACCGACUGGAUGCGGUUUUCAACGCUCACAGAACAGAGAUAAGUAAAGAAGAGGUUCCUCCUGAGCAGCAGGAGUGGAGCUCCAGUCUGGACCAGGAGGAGCCAGAGACCCCCCCACACAUUAAAGAGGAACAUGAGGAACUCUGGACCAGACGGGAGGGAGAGCAGCUUCAAGGGCCGGAGGAGGCUGAUAUCACCAAGUUCCUAUUCACUCCUGUUCUUGUGAAGAGUGAAGAUGACGAAGAGAAACCUCAGUCAUUACAGCUUCGUCAAAGACAAACUGAACAGAUGAAAACAGAAUCUGAUGGAGAGGACUGUAGAGGACAAGAACCAGCGAGGGACUCAGAUGCAGAUAGACAUCCAGAACCUGAUACUGUUGACAAGACCAAAGACUCUUCGGAACCUGAGACUGAAGACGACGAUGAUUGGAAGCAGAGCAGAGAACCUCAGUCAGGUUUAAGCUCUUUGAAAAGUGCUGUUGAGCAACCAUUUCGCUGCUCCGAGUGUGGAAGAGGAUUUGGCAAAAGUGGAAAUCUGAAGAGGCACAUGACAUCUCAUACAGGAGAAAAACCUUUCAACUGCUCAGUUUGUGGUGAAGGGUUCGGACAGAAGGUACAGCUGACACAACACAUGGCACAUCACACCGGAGAAAGACCUUUCAGCUGCUCAGUCUGUAAGAAAUCUUUUGUACAGAGUGGAUAUAUACAGAGACACAUGAGGAUGCACACCGGAGAGAAACCUUUCAGCUGCUCAGUUUGUGAUAAAAGAUAUUUUCGCAAGGAAGGUCUGGAGACGCACAUGAGAACUCAUACAGGAGAAAGACCUUUCAGCUGCUCAGUCUGUAAGAAAUCGUUUACACAGACGGGGAAUUUACAGAAACACAUGAGAAUCCACACGGGAGAGAAACCUUUCAAUUGCUCCGUUUGUGGUAAAACAUUCAGCACCAAGGCACAACUGACACAACACACGAUGACGCACACAGGGGAAAAACCUUUCAGCUGCUCAGUGUGUGGCAAAACAUUCAGCCAGAAGUCGGUAUUACGGUUGCAUAUUAAUAUUCAUACAGGAGAGCAACCGUUUUGUUGCUCAGUUUGUGGUAAAGGAUUCUAUCGCAAGGAAACCAUGGUUCGUCACGCGAGAACCCACACAGAGGAGAUACCGUUCAGCUGCAGCUGAUGGAGAGGACCGUGGAGGACCAGAACCAGCCAGGAACUCAGAUCCAGAUAGAAAUCUACAACCUGAUACUGUUGACAAAACUCAAGACUUUUCUAGGGUUCCCACUGUCAGGAAAAAAACCUGGAGAAAUCAUGGAAUUAGUAAAAUCCUGGAGAAGUAAAGUUUUGGAAAACAAUGGAAUUUUGAUGUUUAAUAAAAUUGUUAAAGUAAUCUUCUGUGGAUAACCUUCCACGUAAUGUAACAUAAUAGCAAAUAUAUUUUCUGUAGCUGUUGACAUAUAUCCAUAUAGAUACAAUUCUGCAUAUGAAUGCAGAAUCUGUAGGCAACGGGACACGAUUUUGGUAUUGGAAGCAUUCUAUUUUUUUUCGUUUGUAGUCCGAGUAUAACCAAUUAUGUUUGAGCGGGCUUUGGAUGCAUGCAGGCAAACAGUCCAUUUGGAGAGCUAAAGAGCACAUUGGCCAAAAAGCAUUUUUAUCAUUUCUCAGCGGGAGCGAUUAAAAAAAAAAAAAAAAAAAAAGAACAUUGCAACGGUGAAUAAUUGUUCAGUUUCUUUUGCUGUUGUAAGCUCAUUCGUGUACGAGCAUGCACGUGAACAGCACCCUCCCAGCCCCCAACAAUAGUGCUCACGGUGUAAUUUCGAACACUGCCUUCAUACGCAUGUUGCAGCAUUGUUUUUUAGACUUGCAUCCAUAAAUAAGUUUAUAAUCAAAUGCAUUAAGAAUAAACUGCUACGGUUCUGUUUCCCCUCCUGCUUAACAAAGCUACUGUCAUGGGAGAGGGAGGCCUUUUAUUUUGUGUGGUAUGUAAAUGAUUAAAUAA